UUCCCAUUAUUAUGGUUUAUAACCUUACGGAAUCGUCUUAUCUUGUCUUUCCCCUCCUGCGAUUAGCCAAGCGAGAUACCACACGCUGCUACUGCAAUCGAUUCUCAUCGUACGCACGAUGAAGCGACCGUUUGACGACGUAAAUGGCUCUACCCUCGCCGUAACCGCCGCAAACAACACAGCCAAACCGGUCUUCUUAACCAAAGCUCAACGCGAACAAUUAGCCAUUCAGCGCCGCCAACAGGAAAUAGAACAGCAGAAGAAACGCCAGGAGGAAUCCGUGUCCCGUCCCUCCGUCACCAUCAACCAUAAACCCUCUGAUUCCGACCGCAGGGACAAGGAGCGCGAUCAUGACAGGGAGCGAGAUCGUGAUCGGAAACGUGACCGUGACAGAGACAGAGAGCGUGAACAGCGAGACCGUGAGAGGACACGUGAGCGUGACCGGGAGUCCGAGCGGAGGAACCGCGAGCGGGAGCGGGAAGAGGGGGCAAAAGAUCGCGAGCGUGCACGCUUGGAGAAGUUGGCAGAGAGAGAGCGGGAGAAAGAGCUUGAUGCAAUUAAGGAACAGUAUCUCGGUUCUAAGAAACCUAAGAAGAGGGUGAUUAAGCCAAGUGAGAAGUUCCGCUUCUCUUUUGAUUGGGAAAACACUGAAGAUACGUCUAGGGACAUGAAUUUGAUAUAUCAGAACCCGCAUGAGGCCCAGCUCUUGUUCGGAAGGGGUUUUCGUGCUGGAAUGGAUCGAAGAGAGCAGAAAAAACUCGCCGCCCAAAACGAGAAAGAUUUGCUUGAGGAGAUUCGUCGGAAGGAGGGUGUGGAAGAGAAGCCUGAGGAGGCUGCGGCGAGAAAGUUGAAGGAGGAAGCUGCUGAUAUGUAUGAUACUUUUGAUAUGAGAGUUGAUCGCCACUGGACAGAGAAGAAGCUUGAGGAGAUGAGUGACAGAGAUUGGAGGAUUUUCAGAGAAGAUUUCAAUAUAUCAUAUAAGGGAUCCAAGAUUCCUAGGCCAAUGAGGAGUUGGGAUGAGAGUAAACUGAGUGCUGAGCUUCUGAAGGCUGUGGAAAGGGCAGGCUACAAGACGCCAUCGCCAAUCCAGAUGGCUUCCAUUCCACUUGGGUUGCAACAAAGAGAUGUCAUUGGCAUUGCGGAGACUGGUUCUGGUAAGACUGCUGCCUUUGUUUUACCUAUGCUUACUUACAUUUCAAGGCUUCCUCCUAUGAGCGAGGAGAAUGAGGCUGAAGGGCCUUAUGCUGUUGUCAUGGCCCCCACUCGUGAACUUGCCCAGCAAAUUGAAGAUGAGACUGUUAAAUUUGCUCAUUAUUUGGGUAUCAAAGUGGUGUCAAUUGUUGGUGGGCAGUCCAUUGAAGAGCAAGGUUUUAGGAUUAGGCAAGGCUGUGAAGUUGUGAUUGCAACUCCGGGUCGUUUGAUUGAUUGCAUUGAGAGACGUUAUGCUGUUCUGAACCAGUGCAACUAUGUUGUUCUUGAUGAGGCGGACCGUAUGAUAGAUAUGGGUUUUGAGCCUCAGAUAAUGGCAGUAUUGGAUGCCAUGCCUUCAAGCAAUCUCAAACCAGAAAAUGAAGAUGAAGAGCUUGAUGAGAAGAAGAUCUACAGAACAACUUAUAUGUUCAGUGCUACUAUGCCACCGGCUGUGGAGCGGCUUGCGAGGAAGUACUUGAGGAAUCCGGUCGUGGUCAACAUUGGCACUGCUGGCAAGGCUACUGACUUAAUAUCCCAACAUGUAAUGAUGGUGAAGGAAUCAGAGAAAUUUUCACGAUUACAGAGAUUGCUUGAUGAUCUUGCAGAUAAAACAGCAAUGGUUUUUGUUAACACAAAAAAGAAUGCAGAUAUGGUUGCCAAGAAUCUUGAUAAAAAUGGCUAUCGCGUGACAACUUUGCAUGGUGGUAAAUCGCAGGAGCAGCGAGAAAUUAGCCUUGAAGGGUUUAGGACUAGAAAGUACAAUGUUCUUGUUGCUACUGAUGUUGCGGGACGUGGGAUUGAUAUUCCCGAUGUGGCUCACGUCAUAAAUUACAAUAUGCCUAGCAAUAUCGAAAUGUACACACAUCGUAUUGGUAGAACUGGCCGUGCUGGGAAGACAGGUGUGGCCACGACUUUCUUGACUUUGCAGGACACUGAGGUCUUCUAUGAUCUCAAGCAGAUGCUUAUACAAAAUAAUAGUCCGGUGCCCCCCGAGUUAGCUAAGCACGAGGCUUCAAAAUUCAAGCCAGGUUCAAUUCCUGACAGACCUCCCAGGCGCAAUGACACUGUUUUUACACAUUGAGAAAAUUUGAGUUUUGAAGGACUCCCUCGUUAAAGGUCAGACUCAUGCAUUAUAUAAUGGUGCUUUAGCACCUAGCAGCUGAAUGUAUUUGCCUUACUGCCGCAUGUUAGGAAGAGAGCUUACUCAUUGGGAGAGUAGGGAUCUUUAUCGAAGUUCCCCUGCCUUGGAACUGAGCAGGAAAGCUAUUGGAGCAUCUUGUGUCGCUGCAAUGUAUGCCUUACCUAGCUUCAUUAUUCAGGAGUCGUAACUGGAAAUUGAGGAACCGAAUAUGUAUGCUAGCCUACGAAAUUUGGAAUGCAAAUAGGCUGUUGUUUUGAACUCUUCAAAUACAGAUGAGGUGUAUGUGUUUAUUUAAACGAACUGAAUAACAAUAGGCAGCUUUUGCUUUUGAGUGCA